UCUCUACCUCCCCACCACACCACCCCCCACGAAACCAACACCAUCCGCGGCGACCCCUUCUUCCCUUCCCUGAGACACUUCUCCCCAAAGCGAACCCAGCUGAAAAGAAGCGAGACGCGCCGCGCCGCACCGCGUUGCCUUUGUAUAUCGUGGCUCUAUUUAGCUCAAGAGGAGAGGAGAGGAGAGGCGCGCGGGGAGGGGAAGGAGAUCAAAUCAGAUCAAACCGUAGGAAACCAUCGAUUGAUCGAGCAGCGGCGGCGACGCGGAAGCAGGAGGGGAGGGGGGAUGGCGGUGGCGUAUCGCGCGGAGGAGGAGUACGACUACCUGUUCAAGGUAGUGCUGAUCGGGGACAGCGGCGUGGGCAAGUCCAACCUGCUGUCGCGCUUCGCCAGGGACGAGUUCAGCCUCGACACCAGGUCCACCAUCGGCGUCGAGUUCGCCACCAAGACCGUCCGCGUCGACGGCAAGCUCGUCAAGGCGCAGAUCUGGGACACCGCCGGCCAAGAAAGGUACCGGGCCAUCACCAGCGCGUACUACCGGGGCGCCGUGGGCGCGCUCGUGGUGUACGACGUGACGCGCCACAUCACGUUCGAGAACGCGGAGCGGUGGCUGACGGAGCUCCGCGACCACACGGACGCCAACAUCGUGGUGAUGCUGGUCGGGAACAAGGCGGACCUGCGCCACCUGAGGGCCGUCUCGCCCGAGGAGGCCAGGGCCUUCGCGGAGCGCCACCGCACCUUCUCCAUGGAGACCUCCGCGCUGGAGGCCACCAACGUGGAGGACGCCUUCACCGAGGUGCUCGGCGAGAUCUACCGCGUCGUCAGCAAGAAGGCCCUCGACAUCGGCGACGACCCCGCCGCGCCGCCUAGGGGCAAGACCAUCGACGUUGGCGGCAAGGACGACGUCACCCCGGUGAACACGGGCGGCUGCUGCUCGGCCUAGUCAAACUCUCUCCCUCUCUAUCUCUCUCUGCCGGAGACGGUGGUAGGUGAUGCCGUGUGUGUGCGUGCUAGGGUGUAACAGGCAUGUUGCGACCGUGAUGAUUAUUGGUUAUUGGUCAAAACGCUCUGGGGGUGGUUGAUACCUUGAUAUCAUAUGCUUGAUUGAUACUACUA